AUGGCCACGACUACCAAUUCCGAUACGGCCCUCUUAACGGAGCAUUUUGGCUAUCCUCCAGUUAGCCUCCUCGACGACAUCAUCAACAGCGUCAACAUCCUCGCCGAGCGGGCUCUCAACAGCGUCGAGCAGGGCCUCCUUUCGCAGCCGCCAGCCAAUCUAGGCUUCAAGCCGCAAGCUCAGCCGGCCCCGAAAUCCCGGUCCCGCAAUAACAACAAGGACGACAGGGACGAAAAUGCAGACCCCGCCGCCAACCAGACCCCCGAGGACGCGGCCCGCCACGAGAUCGAGAACGGCACCCAUCAGCUGGAGACGCUCCUGUGCGCCAGCAUCGACCGCAACUUUGACAAAUUCGAGCUCUGGGUCAUGCAGAACGUCCUCUGCAUCCGCCGCAACGAGGACCGCGACUGGAUCCGCCUGAGCCACUACAACGGCCUGGACUUUGACGCCGUGGCCCGCCGCCGCGGCCAGGGCCAGGGGCCCACCAAGGACUCCGACUCCCCCUCCGUCGACAACGUCCGCCGCCUGCGCCGGCGCCUGCAGGCCAGCCAGAAGCUGAACGGCCUCCUGCACGCCGAGCGCGCGCGCAACGACGAGCUGCUGCGCGAGCUGCGGUCGCUGGUCGGCACCACCACCACCGGAAAGGCCGACGUCGACGCCGACGCCCCGGCGGCGCCGCACCCGCACCCGCCCCCGCUGGCGUUCCUGCGCGACCAGGGCGCCCUGACCGAGGGCGACGCCGAGACGCCCCUCGCGACCACGGCGGCGUUCACGCUAUCGCAGCUGCAGGCGCUGCGGGCGCUGUCGACGGCGCUGAGGAACGUGCUCCCGGACCUGUCCGGCGGUGGGGAGGAGGAGGACGGUGGCGGCGGGGAGGGGGGUUCCGGGGGCGACAGGAACAAGAGCUGGCGGAGGCAGCGGCUCGAGUACGUCGAGACGGCGACGAAGAGGCACCUGGAGAACGUGCGGGGGCUGGAGCUGGGGCGGGGCGGCGAGGUCAUCGAUGGGGAGUGGCAGGGCGAGGGGCGGAGCGUCGGCAGGGGGGAGGUCGAGGGGCUGGAGAAGGUUGUUGCUAUCCUUGGGCCUGGCCCGGGGCACGAGGCCGGGAAGGGGGAUGAGAUGGAUGAGUCAUGACACGGGGGGCACACAUAACGGAGAGAGAGGUGCCUGUCGUUGGACGCUACUGGUAUACGAGUACUUGCGGGGAGUUUGAGGCGUCUUAUAUGUGGGUGGUUCGU